AUGGAUGCAGAAAAUAUUGCAAGCUACCUUCAGUUAUUGAGUGAACAGUGGGUUCGUUUUAACGUUGCUCAAGACGCUGUAGAAAUUACGUGUGGUGCCGAUGUUAUUGAAAUUGAAGAAAAUGUGCGUAUCCAAGCCGAAACUUGGUACUCUACAGCUUCAGCUAACUUUAGCCGCGUGAAAAAUUGUCGUACUAAUUCGCAAGAUAGCUCCACAAAGGCAUCUGUGUCCACGGUUAUACGUUUACCGAAAAUGGAGUUGCCCACAUUCUCCGGUGACUCUACAGAAUGGAUUGGUUUUUUCGACGCGUUUUCUUCGUUAGUUGAUAAUAACUCUGCUUUAACAGAUGGACAAAAGUUGCACUAUCUCCGAAGCUGCUUGAAAGGUGACGCGUUGAAAAUUAUCAGUGGUUUUAAAAUAUGUGACGCAAAUUACGUUGAAGCUUGGGGUCUAUUAACAUCGCGGUAUAAGGUUAUUCGUGUAAUUGUGGAAUCUCAUCUUCGCGCGUUGGCUGAAAUUAAAAGAGCUACGCAUGACAAUGCUGACGCAAUCAAAGGUGUAAUUGAUGCGUUCCAACAGCAUAUUCGCGAGCUUAAAGCGUUGGGUCGUCCGAUUGAGUUUUGGGAUGAUUGGUUGGUACAUGAGGUCGUCAGUAAGUUGGCAUUCGAAACGCGUAAGCAGUGGGAGUUAUCGCUCGUUAGUGAUGAUCCUCCAUCUUUUGAGCAACUAAUAACAUUUUUAGAGAUAAGAUGCCGAUCGUUAUCGAUGUUUUCGUCGUCAACAACAUCAGUACCAAUUAAGGUUAAAACUGCAUCAUCAAGCAAGUCGACAAAUGUGUUCCACACGAUAUCAAAACAAAGUAAUGUGUGUGCAUAUUGUAGUGGACCUCAUAAAAUUUACAGUUGUGAAAAAUUUCGUGAAUUGGACUUGUCUACAAAAUCACAGUUCGUGAAGCAAGGACACAUAUGCUUCAACUGCUUAAGUUCAGGUCACUAUAAAGACCGUUGUAACAGUGCUUCCACUUGCCGCAUGUGUAAACAACGUCAUCACACUCUGUUGCACGGUGCUUUGCAGUCAACGACCGUUACCGCAGUGAACAAUUACGCGACGCAUUCGUUAUGUGCUGCUGACGCCACAUCAAAGGUAAGCGCAAAAACUUGUGAAUUUCCAGCAAGCGUCGACGUUCCACGCGUUUCUUCAUGCUUGAACUCGAGCUCCAAUCCACCCAUAGCUGUAGAAAGAGUUGUGCUGUUAUCCACCGCAUUAGUGAAGGUACGCGACUGUUCUGGUAAUUGGCAGCCCGCACGUGCACUUUUCGAUUCUGGAUCACAUGCUUCCUUUGUAACCGAAGCGUGUGUGCAACGCUUAGGCCUGCCGCGAUCAACAUCUGAAGUAAACAUUACUGGAAUUGGGUCAGCGCAAGGAGGACGAGCUAGAGGUGAAGUAUCACUUUCUCUUUCUUCUUUCUCUACAAAUCAAUGCUUUACUGUCAAAACGUUAAUUCUGUCUAAAAUUACAAGCGACUUGCCAACACAGACUAUAGCUACUUCAUCGUGGCCACAUAUCCGAGGUUUAUUUUUAGCCGAUCCCCAUUUUAUGAAGCCUGGACGGGUCGAUAUAUUGAUUGGAAUGGACGUUAUGGAUCAACUGAUCUGUACAGAACUUCGUAAGGGUCCAUCUGGAGCUCCUAUGGCUCAACUGACGGUCUUUGGGUGGACUCUGUUUGGAAGCGUGAAUGGAUCUGAGCCUGAUAUGCCACGCUUACAGUCGUUACAUUGCGAUGUUCAUUUGGAUCGAGCAUUGAACAAGUUAUGGGAGUUAGAGGAAGGUACGCAAAAAACGUUUCUUACGCAUGAGGAGCGUUACUGUGAAGACCAUUUUGAAACAACGCAUCGAAGGGAACCUAACGGACGGUUUGUCGUCGAAUUGCCGCUGAAGCCCGAUGUAGCUCUGGGAGAGUCGCGAAACUUUGCUAUCCGGAAUUUGUUACGACUUGAAAGAAGACUCGCUUGUGACUCCGAUCUUCGUUUACGCUACAAUGAGUUCAUGAAUGAACUCAUUGACAUGAAACAUAUGCAGGUCGCGUCAGAGACUAUGAAUCCAACGUAUUAUAUGCCUCAUCAUCCUGUUUUAAAGGAAAGUAGUACCACGACCAAAUUGAGGGUUGUAUUUAACGCGUCCGCAAAAUCAACUUCCGGAAAUUCGCUGAAUGACGCAUUAUUUAUAGGACCCCAAUUGCAGGAAGAUUUAUACUCCAUCUUACUUCGCUUUAGAACACACCGCUAUGCUGUAACAGCAGAUGUCGCCAAAAUGUAUCGUCAAAUCUGCGUAUCCUUAAAACACGCCGAUUUGCAACGCAUCGUAUGGCGUAGCCACCCAUCCCUGCCUAUCCAAGAUUUUCGCAUGGUUCGCGUAACGUACGGAGUGGCAGCUGCAUCUCAUCUAGCUGUCCGAUCACUUCAACAGACGGCAAGAGAUUCGUCGAAUGAUUGUGCUAGGGCUGUUAGUGUUAUUCUCAAGGAUUUUUACAUGGAUGAUCUACUUACUGGUGCAUCUAGUAAAGAAGAACUUCGAUUGUUGCAGCAAAAUAUUUCCGAAAUAUUGAGGGAAGGGGAGUUUGAACUUCGUAAGUGGGCAUCGAACUGCGCUGAGCUAAUCGCAAGCAUUUCUAAUGCAUCUACGAACAUAUCACAUUAUAUUGUCGACGAUAAGGAUGUACACGCUUUAGGUCUUAUCUGGAACACAGAAUGA